AUGUCGCCCACCAACAAAGAAUUGCCCAACAAUGGCGACAUGCAUCCCGAGGAGUCCGAGACUCUUCGUUCGUUAUCGAAAUUAAAGCUCCAGGUUCCGUCUCAGGGAGUGCUUCUGUCUCCGCGUGGGACACCUGUUUCGUCCCCGAACAGCACCCGAACGUUCACUGCGGACCAGAUGUUGAAGCUACACACUGAUUUGAACAACGGUGUCCCUGUGGAGGAAGUGGGCCGUCUGGAAACUACCCCUGAGCAGACCUCCUCCAAGAAACCAGCAAAAACUAGUCCGGAAGAACCUCAACGGAUUCCUCUGCUCAAAACCCCGAGCUUCCACUACUUUAGCACCGGAAACGGACAGUCUGGUACUCGUUCGAGCAGGACCAUCAGCAACUACCAGAAAUUGCGCUCUCUUUUGUCCAAUCACAACGGGUCUUCUGGUGCAGUGGAGAGUGUCAGGCCACACAGCUCCAUCCUCCGGUCCAACCUCAACACCAAGUAUUCCCAGCAGUACCAGCAGCAGGAGAUGGUGUAUUUGAACGGAAUCAAUAAGUUCAAAAACAGAUACAAGGUCAAUGACGAUUACUACAACAAGUCGGUCGAUAUUGACGAUGAUGAUGAGUCCACGGAAGCAACCGCUGACGAGGAUCUUGAGGCCGUCAAGUCGCAAGAUACUUUCGACCCCUACGAAGCGGAGGAGGAGAGUCUUGAUGAUAGCAAGGAACUCAAAGCCCUGAGGGCUUUGAGCAAGCAAGUUGGCAUGACCGACAACCAAUGGGAAAAACCUUCCGAGUACAAGCUGGAUUCUUCUGUGCUCCUCGAUAUCCUUAAUCAAAGCGACGACAUCCAAUUGAAGCAUACCGAAGACAACGGCACCAUUCUGGAGCGCCUCGAGUGGCACCUUCUGUUACAGUCUGUUCUCACAGGUGACGUGCUUACAGGCGAGAAAACAAAGUUAAUCAAACCUUUGGGUGAUAUGGAAGGUGAGAACUAUCUCCGUGUGUCUUACAAAGAAGACCUUUGGCUUGGAAUCAGAUCUAAGCUUUUUGGAAGAACCGAGGAGGAUCAGAAACGGUUGGUUUUAUUCCAUAGAGGUCUGGUUGAUGAAACUUUGGAAAAAAUCAUGAACUUCCGUUUGGAAAUGCCGGAGCACAUCCAAUCUUCGCCAUAUUGGACCCAAGUCAAGUUCGCGUUUGACCAAGUGAACGAAAUCCUCGAGAAGUUUGAGCGUUGCCAAGAACUCUGGAGAACCCAGAAAGAGAUGGAGAACGAAAAGCCACUCUGUGGAACUUUAGAGUUUACUAAUCGUCUCCAUGCCAUGAUUGCAUGGACCUCUGUCACUUGCGCUAUUGAGAGAGAGUCUAACGUUUUGAAGUCGUGGGUCGGAAACGAGGAUCUGGAUAUCCUCCGUCUGCCAACUCCAACUUCAACAGUUAGCGAACAGCAGCAUCCCGAGUCUGAGGACCACUCUGAAGACGAGGGUAACUCUCCAAAGGGAAAGAAUAGUGUGAUAUUCAAAGAAGAUCGAUCAUUUGUUGAGCGGAUCAUGAAAGAAAAGGACAUUGAAGAUCUUUUCAACAAACGUCUUUUUGCAAGCUGUGCUCACUGGACUUUCAAAGCCAAAGAGUCGUUCCUUGAGUAUCAACAGUACUUUGAGAAACUGAACCUGCCAACAUACGUCGACUCUUUGUUGGUGCUGGCCAUGUUCCCUUCGAAGCUCAUGAAGGAGCUUGUCAACACAAGAUUGUCGUACGCCAAGAAACUGCGUAAUCCAACAAUGAUGAUGAUUGAUCAGGUUCUAGAAGACUUCAAGCUGUACAUCACUUUGGCUUUGGAGAUCCGUGCAUCGUUUUUGGAGUACUGUUCGCCAAGAGAAGGCUGGAUUUCUUUGCCUGACUACCAAGAUGCAGACUUUGACAGUGCCAUUUUGGAGUGUGUGCAUCAUUACUUGAUCCUCUUGAACAGAAAGCUGUUGGAUUCGCCUAAGUCGUCAAAGUCUUUCAGAACUUUCAAAGAGCCAGAAGAAUUGGAGAGAGAGUGGUCUUUCUUGCAAAAUCUUGGAUUCUAUAUCGAGGGAGGUUCUGCGGAGGUGGCAACCCAGUUCACUAUACUCACCUCGAAGCUUGUUGCGAGAUUAAACCAUUAUGUUCAGCAACAAUUCCAAGGACCACCGUACGACGGAGCUCCGUUGGAUAAACACAAGAUGGUCAGAUGGUAUACUUCAAUGAUGGAGAACUUUGGUCAGCUCAAGAGAAAGUUCUUCAGAUUUCAUGCGAUCCUUCAAUUCCAUUUCCAGAACUCUAUGCUGUACAAUCUGAACGGAGCUCGCAUGAAGAAGUUUUUGGAUAUGUUAAAAGAAAGCAACCACGUUCUCUACCAUAGUGAAAGCUUGGCCGAAGAAGGAGUGUACAUUUUCGCAUCCGAGUCAAUCGCAAACAAGCCUCAUGAGGUGUCCCGUAUACUCAAGAGCACGCAUCUUGGUGUCGAUUUCAACAAGAUUCCAAAACGCCAUUUGGAAGCUGUUAGCAACUACAACUAUUACGCAGAAGAGAUGUACUUGGAAGAUCAGUACCAGACCAACGAGGAAGGUGUUUUCGAAGAGAGCUACGACUACGUGUUGGUGGUUUAUCCUGCCAAGGCAAUGAUGUGGGAUGGUAAUGUCAUCCCAUUCCAGCUCGAUUCUCUUCCAAUUGGCAACCUGGAUAAAGGAAGGGUUUUACUGAUUUCGAAAGGAGGUUCUGUUUCCAAGAUUGACGACUGCGCUAAUUGGUUUAAAGAGUGUGUUGGAAACUCGAUUGGAUCCGCGGUGAGCAAACGGUGCUCAUUGCCUCGUGUUCAGCGGGAACUUCAGAUCAUUUCCAAGCAAUUUUUCAAGAUGUCAUGUCACGUUAUCGAUGCUAUGCCCUCUGUUCGGAACCAAUGUCGGGGUAUAGCCGACUCACAGGAACUCGCAAACACUGUAUUCACCUACAUUAGGGACUCCGGUCGGGACUUUAUGAGAUUUUUCGAUUCUACUCGCAGGUCCGCUUUAAUUUUGAAACUCCUCCAGUUUGCCAUUGAGUGGUUGAGUUUUAUUGUGGACGAUUGUAUUCCUACUGAUCCGAAAACUUUUAGAUGGUCGGUUGCCGCGCUGGAGUUUGCCACAGAGAUUACCACAGGCCUUAAUAUACUCACGUUGGAGAGUGAGAAGUUCUACAGACUCAAGGACAAGGUUGCCGGUUGUAUGUCUCUUCUGAUUUCACACUUCGACAUCAUGGGAGCUCGUACCAAGGAGCUUCAAAAGAAACGUAUGUUGAACUACCAUCUACGGACCGGCAAAGACUUGUUCACGUUGGACGAUGAGAGCUUGAGCUCUUUGAGAGAACACAUCAUGUACCAAGUAUCCCGUCUUGAGGAAGAUAGAAGACAUCUCCAAGUUGAACAGCAGUCUGUGGGACGUGUUCUCGAUGACACAGAUACAGACAACCAGUUCCUGACUUACCUAGCGUCGUCCUUCUCGUCUGUGUCGAUCAGAUGGCAGAAAGGAAAGUUCCUGGGUGGUGGAACGUUUGGUUCUGUUUACGCCUCCAUCAAUCUGGAUACUGGUGGAGCGCUGGCCGUGAAGGAGAUCCGGUUCCAGGACAGACAGAGCAUCAAGUCGAUCGUGCCUGCCAUCAAGGGCGAGAUGACGGUGCUGGAGAUGCUGUCUCAUCCAAACAUUGUGCAAUUCUUUGGAGUCGAGGUCCACAGAGACAGGGUCUACAUAUUCAUGGAGUACUGCAGCGGUGGCUCGUUGGCCAGUCUGUUGGAGUACGGCCGCAUUGAGGACGAGUCUGUUAUUCAACUUUACACUUUACAGAUGUUAGAAGGUCUUGCCUAUCUACACCAAUUUGGAAUUGUGCACAGGGAUAUCAAACCGGAGAAUAUCUUAUUGGACCAUAUGGGAGUUAUUAAGUUUGUGGACUUUGGCUCUGCUAAAGUGAUUGCCAUGGCCGCACAGGGUGGUAGUGUGUCCACUCCAGGAGGCAAUACCACCGCUACAAACAGCGGUAAUAGCAGCAACAACAACUCGGGCACGGCUACUUUGAACUCAAUUCUCCAUUCUGGCCGCAAGACGCAGGCCCUGACAGGCACACCGAUGUACAUGUCGCCGGAGACUAUUAGAGGAGAAGCCAUUGGCAGAUUCGGCUCGAUCGAUAUCUGGUCCCUGGGAUGCUGUUUGUUGGAGAUGGCCACCGGAAGACGGCCAUGGGCCAAUUUGGACAACGAGUUUGCUGUGAUGUAUCACAUUGCUGCGGGACACCUUCCGCAGUUCCCAACCAACGACCAGCUGAGUCCGCAAGGUCAAAUGUUCCUUGCCAAGUGUUUGGACAUCGACCCGACCAAGAGACACACUGCUGUUGAGCUGUUACAGGACCCAUGGAUCCAGGCGAUCCGGAACGAGGCCUUCAGCGAAUCCAGCAACAGCUCGUCGACCGACCUUCCAAGCGGAGAGCAGACUCCGUCGUGA